GUACAACAUUGUGUCCUAUCACAUGUUAUGUGAACUUUAUUAAAUGCUGCAUAUUGGCCUUAUUCACUGUUGGCAGAAAACCAUCGCGACGUUUAGGAUACAAGUUUCAAUAGCGGUGGAUUUAGACGUAUAUUUCUUUGUUAGACAUUUUAUACAUUCAGCUAUUUAAAUCGAAAGUGGAGGUAUUAAAUGACGAUAUUUAACCAAAAAUAGGUCGUAAUUAAUAAAAAUGGCAACAGGAGGUUGUGAAGUCGCAUUGGAUGCAUUUCUGGAUUUUCAAUGUUUAACUUGCACAAACAAAGUUGGUGUGAAGUAUUGUGUUGAAUGUCAAGGUUACUGUUGUCAAUCUUGUGUCGACACACACUCGCGAUUUCCGACAUUAAAAUCUCACACACUACUUGACCGAUUAACUGAUGCAGUACAAGGAUUGUCGGUGACAUUGCCGACGGAGAUAUGUGCUAUUCACACCACCAUGUUAGUCAACAUGUAUUGCAAAGACCAUGAUGAGGUGGGCUGUUCAACAUGCAAGACAAUGAAUCACAGAGCAUGUUCAAAUGUCCAUUCCAUCCCUGAUGAGAUCGGCGUGUUAUUCGAUGCAAACGAACUAGAAGACACGAAACGGUGUUUAGAUAACAAUGAAAAACGAUUUAAAAGUAUCGAACAAAAAAAAGAAGAUGCUCUUAUAUGGUUAAAGAUGUCAAUAAAGGAAGCUGACACGGCGAUCGACAAUGCAAAACAAGAGGUUAUUGACCAUGUAGAGAAGGUUGCAAGCCAAUCCAAAGAGGAAGUGGUGAGAAAAUAUCAAGCUGCGAAAGAUCAGAUUGAAAAAGACACACGUGAAGCAAAUGAAACCAUAAAUGAUUUAAUGAUGAUUUCUAAAGGUUUAAGAAAAUCAGAGGGUAACAAAUCACAACAAUUCGUUCUCAUGAAAAUUGCGAAUCGAAAAAUGAAAGAAGCCAACGAAAAGGGUAUUCUCAAACAUAACGGACAGGUAAACAUCUCUUUUGAUGUAAAUUCUGUCAUCCAGGAUUUUAUUAGUGACAUCAAGAACUUUGGUAGAGUAAGCUGCCCACUGGGUAUUAGACCUUACUCUGCUGAGACAAUCAAAGAUAUGAAUGUUAAGUUACAAGACGAUAAAUCAACUUGUAAUAUAUUUGGAUCGUGUUUAUUAGAAGAUGGGACGCUUCUAUUAACAGAUUACAAUAAUAAAAGACUCAAGCGUGUGAACAUUGAAAAUAUGACAGUUGAUGGCUUUUGUAGUUUUGACAAGAAUCCCUAUUGUGUAUGUUGUACUAGUAAAGUCGAGGCCGUCGUUACUUUCUACAGCAGUUCAACGUUUAUUCAGUUUGUCACCGUUGGUGCACAACUGACACCUUCAAGAAAAAUAAACAUGAAUCAUAAAUGUCUAGGGAUUUCCUAUAAAGAUGAUAAACUUUAUAUCGCCAAUAAUGCCCAAUCGUUAUAUAUACAUGAUAUGUCUGGUAACGAACUACAAAAAAUAUCAACAGACAGCACAGGUAGUAGUUUGUUUAAUGAUGUCCGAGAAAUUUGUAUUCAGUGAUUCUAUACGAGGUGGUGUAGUUGCAGACUGGAAUAGAGGUGUUAUUGUUCUUGAUGAUCAGUAUCAGCGCAUUGCUGGAUAUUGUGAUCCCGAGUUGAAAGGUGUAUCAUCAGCAUGUACGGAUGGUAAAGGAAGCAUCUUUGUUUGUGGAUAUAAUUCACAAAACGUACUACAGAUAGGAUCUGAUGGCCAAAAGAUUAGUGAUGUGGUUGACAACUCACAUGGAAUACAAUAUCCCGAGUCAUUGUGUUUUGAUUCAAGCAGGUGUCGGUUGAUUAUAACACAAGGCUGCAGUGACAUUGUAAAAAUUAUUCAGAUGAAGUAGUCAGUGAACUUUACAAAAGCAGAUAAAAGAAGCUCAGUGACUUAGUAUCUUUCUUAAGUAGUGUCAAUUUUAUGUCUUGCAAAUUUAAUAAUAAAUUAAGUAGACUCAAAAUUGUAUACAUGUAUAUGUUUAUAAUUUAUAUAAUGACAUUCUUUUAAGAUUAUGCAGACUUAAUUUGAAAAUCAACCUUUUAAGCUUGAGCUUAAUCUGUUUUCACACUAAUAAAAUAUGAUGUAUGAUAAUGAGAAAAUAUGUUGUUAAAGUAGCUUAAAAGUAAAAAGUAGCAUACCA